ACUGAACAAUUCCACCCACUCAGCAUAAAUCAAUUCUCCCUGUGUCUAACUUUUACCUUCAAAUUCAGUCCAUCACUAAUGCAUCAAAUCAUGUUUCUUUUUAAAAUAAUCCAAGUCAAGAGUCAGUGGUUUCCAAUGAUUCCUGCACUUUUAAUACUGACAGAAAGAUUCAAUAAUGGUGUUUUAUUCCAAAACUAAGGCACUAGUGGAAGGAGCAAAAUUGCAAGUUGUGGAAGGAAUCAAUCCAACAGUAGGGUGGGAUGAUUGUUCAGAAUUAGUGGGGAACAAAGUGUUUGAGCUUGUGGGCCUUUACUCUCACACGGUUGGGCUAUGCAUCCAUGACUUUUAGGAUUUUUUCAUUUGUUUAAACAAGAUUCUUUUCUUGCUUGCUUAGUUUUUUCAUUGUUAAAUAGAUAUUCUCAUGACCCAAUUUGUGCAACAGAUGACUUAGUAUUCUACUUGUAUGUCAAGGUAUGUUCUGGCCUUUAUGUGUUAAAUAGCUUGGUAUCAUACAUCUUUGAUUCUACAAGACAAAGCACUUAAUAAGGCUUUAAGGAGAUGACCUAGUAUUCUACUUGCAUGUCAAGAUAUGUUCUGGCCUCUAGGUUUUAAAUAGCUCAGUAUCCUACAUCUUUGGUUCUACAAGAAAAGCACUCAUAAGGACUCUAAGGAGAUGAUCUAUUAGGGUUAAUAAGUUAGCAAGCCCCUGUUUAUAAGUUAGCAAGCCCUUGUUAAUAAGUUAUCAACUUAAUAUUUUGGAGUCUAAUCUGAUGAGGACCAUGUACAAUAUCCUUCUCUUGUUCAAUGUUAAAUAGAUAUAUUCAUGGCCCAAUUUGUGCAACAGAUGACUUAGUAUUCUUUGCUUGCUUGCUUAGUUUUUCCAUUGUGAAAUAGAUAUAUUCAUGAUCCAAUUUGUGCAACAGAUGACUUAGUAUAUUCUACUUGCAUGUCAAGGUAUGUUCUGGCCUUUAUGUUCUAAGUAGCUUGGUAUCUUACAUCUUUUGUUCUACAGGACAAGCAUUUAUAAGGACUCUAAGCAGAUGAUCUAUUAGCAAUUCUCUGAUUAUAAGUGAGCAAGCCCCUGUUUAUAAGUUAGCAAGCUCCUCUGUUUAUAAGUUAUCACGUUCCUCUCUUUCUAAGUUAGCAAACUCCUCUGUUUAUAAGUUAUCAACUUCAUAUUUUGGAGACUAAUCUGAUGAGGACCAUGUACAAUACCCUUCUGUUGUUCAAUGUUUUGGCAUUGUUGUUCAGCAAUGCAUGGUGUCAAUGCACUGAACUUGAGUAUGAAGCAGAUAAUAGCACAGAUUGCUUGAGCUGGAGGCUGAGUGUGGAAGUAAAUAAUGUAAGGAAUUGGUGGACAGUUCCAGAGGACUGCUUGGCAUAUGUUAAGCAGUAUAUGGUGGGUGGACAGUAUGAGAAAGAUCUUCAAUCUACAGUGGACCUGAUUACUUCCUACAUGGAAAAGAUUGAGCUGGCAGGUGAUGGAAUGGAUGCAUGGGUCUUGGAUGUAGAUGAUACUGCUUUGUCUAAUCUUGAAUACUACAAAGGAAGAAAAUUUGGCGGAAUGCCUUUUGAUCGAUUCUCAUUCAACAAUUGGGCUAUGAGAGGAAGGUCUGUAGCUUUGCCUGCUAUUUUGGAUUUGUAUAACAAAUUGAAGGUGUCAGGGUUUAAAGUUUUCUUUCUCACUGGAAGGGAUGAAUCCCAGAGAAAAGUCACACAAAGAAACCUACAAUCCCAAGGAUACAAUGAUUAUGAUGGUCUGAUCUUAAGAGGCCACUUUGAAAAAGGGAAGGGUGCGGUAGUGUUUAAGUCGCAUAAGAGGCAAGAAUUGAUAGAGAAUGGAUAUUAUAUUUGGGGAAAUGUAGGUGAUCAAUGGAGUGAUAUUACAGGGGAUUAUGUGGGAAAUCGCACAUUCAAACUUCCUAAUCCCAUGUACUUUGUUCCUUGAUCUAUACUAAAAAUUGUAACUAGUAGUAAGAAGUGUUUAUUUACUUGUAAGAAUGUUUGUGUUGUAAGAUUACAUUCCAAGGAAAAUAUAAAGAUAAUAAAGUUUCCUCUUUGGGAAUACAA